AUGAUUGCGUUACAAAAUCGGCCUAUAUUGCCCCCUGCCAAAGUGGAUAUCUCACUGCUACUAAAGCCCCAGGAUGAGGAAGAGACCCCCGGCUUCCCGCCCAGAUCGAUCGGGCCGCCACUGGGCAUGGGGAUGAUGAUGCCCGGCCCCGCGGCCAUGACCACCAUGACCAUGCCACCUCUGGCCAAGACCGGCACCACGGGGGCCCCCAAGCGGCUGCAGCCCGCCCACACGGCGGAAUCCCCCGCCAAGAAGCAGUCCAAGUGGUCUCCCGAGGAGGACGCCUUGAUCAUCGAACUGCGUGGAAGUGGGAUGAAGUGGGAGGACAUCAGCAAACGACUCCCCGGACGCAGUGCGAUCAGUUGCCGGCUGCAUUAUCAAAACUACCUGGAACGCCGCAGUGAAUGGGACGAGGAUAAGAAGAACAAACUCGCCCGCUUAUACGAAAGAUUCAAAGCCGAAAUGUGGUCCAAGGUGGCCGAGGAAAUGGCCAUCCCCUGGCGGGCGGCCGAAGCCAUGCACUGGCAGCUGGGAGAGCAGGAGAUGGCUCGCCGGGCGGGCGUGGUCCCCUUCUCGCUCUCCAGUACGGCCAUUGAUCCUCCACCCACCAGAACCCGUCGCGCCAGCACCUCUCUCGCCCGGCCGCGAAAAGGCUCUCACUCGCGCGCCAUCCCAGGCCAUGCCCCCGGACAUCCCCCGCAGUUGCCCUCUCUGGAAGAACUGACUGCGGGUGUGCCCGCAUACGCACCCCCACCGCCGCGAGAUUUCUAUGGCCGAGAGAUGGGUAUCCCCCCAGGGCUCAUGGGACCUCAUCUCGGGUUGCCCCCGCGGACGAUGCCUUGA